GAUGUUGGGAGGGACUGCAGUGCGAAAUCUGCGGCAGAGUGAGAGCGGAAGCUGCUUAUGAAUGAGUGUCAGUCUUUUGGCUUAGCUAGAUGCUCCUGAGGACAUUUUCACAUGAAUGGUGUCUGGCUGUUUGCUUUCCGGUACCAGGGAGACAAAGAUGCUUCAUUGCUGCUGGUUUUAAGGAGACUUGAGGGCUUUUUUUUUUUUUUUUUUUCUGUUAUCCUUUUGGUUGUUUGGUUGACUCAUCUGUCUGAAGCAUGUCAUUGGUGUUGUGUUUGUUUGAGUUGUAACGUCUCAUCAGUUCAAGCUGGACUGAUAGCUGUAUAUUUAAGACAAGAUAUGCAAACGAUCUCCUAGUUGUUAGCUCCACAUAUCAAAUACUGUGAGGGAUUAGUGCAUUAACGCCUGAUUCUGAAUAUUUUGUGCAAAAAUAGCCCCUGGAUUAGUCACGUCAUAGUCAGUCAUAGUUUCUUGAAAGCGAAUAACUGAGAAAAGGGUUGAUGUGUCAUACAUGCAGCUAUUUUAAAUGAAAAUGGACAAUAUAUCUCUGACGUUUCAUGUUUCCAGUUAAGCUCAAAUGUUAUUGUGUCGUUGCGUUUAUGAUUUAUAGAGCUUAGUUUGCCAUCCUUAAAGGAAAAUGAUAUCUUUGUGAAAUAUCUACAUUUAAUUCUUCAAUCCAAGUAUAUUUGUCCAAACAGGACGACUCAGCCAGGAUCUGAUUGUAGCUUUUAAACCGAUGCUUGUUAUCGCUUUUUCAUUCAUCAUCCUCUUUGUGAUGAGUUUAUAGCAUGCGUCAUCCAUGUAGCACAACUUUUAUCACCUCAUCCACUUUCUAACAAGAGUAUGAGGAAAUUAUUCUGAAUGAUUUCCUUACCAAGUUGAAUUAUCAAGCUUCCUGUCUUUGUUCUUCAUUUCCUUUUCUCAGAAAAACAAAUGAGACUUGGAGAAUUACAGAGAAUAAAUAUCAGACUGGGGAAUUUAAAAAUUGAUUGGUCCUAGUGUGCUGUAAGUGGGAGUUUUUUUUUUUUUUUUCUCCUCCCUCCGACAGGAAGUGAUUUGCAGUGUUCAGCAAGCCUUUUGUUGAGAAGGUUUUCUCAGAUCAGUGAGUCAUGCUUUAGCUCGGAGCCGGCAGGCAGGCAGGCAGGCAGCAGUCAGCAGAGAGUGUUUGCUCUUCCCUCGCAGUAACCGGUAUCAUCGACAACAUAGACCCCUUUUUUUUGUCUUCUUUUUACUUUUUGGAUUUUUGAGGCUAGAAAUCAUCAACAGCAGCUGCAUCCCCGCAGCUGGAAACCAAGCAAGCCGCACCACAACACUGGCAGCCUCUUAGAGACCUUUUUCUCUCCAUCCUCGUCCUCUGUGUCUGCUAUAUGUCCAUGGAUUGUGUCUGUAUAUUUCCCUCAGAAGGAUUGGAUUGCAGCUCUGGAUUUCAUUGACAGCACAUUGGACUUUGGCAACUGCAGCAGCAGCAGCAGCAGCAGCAGCAGCAGCUCAACACAACCACUGCUGUAACCUCAAUAGAGAAAAUUACAGUCAGGUGGCCUGUGAUUUGCUGAAAGGCGUUUGCUGCCUGUACCACCGCUGCUAUGUUACAGGAGAGGGUAAUCAGCACGGCUCAGCCACGUCUGCCAGCACGCCUGUGAACUAGGCAAGCUGCGCGUGUCGCUCGGUGGAGAGAGGGGGAGAGAGCAAACGAGAGGGAAGGGUAUGCUUCACCGUACCAAAUACAACCGCUUCAGGAAUGAGUCAGUGACAUCCGUCGAUGAGCUUCUCCACGGCCUGUCCAUGAACCCCAAGGUCUCGGCCAACUCCCAGUCUGCAGCCGAGACGUCCUACACACCCCCGACUGAGGUCCAGCCCUGCUCCACUGCCACCACUGCUUCUUCAAGCACUGCCGCCGACCACCUGGAAGAUGGAGGCACCACCCUCUGCACCCUCAUCAACAAGGUGUCCAACCUGAAAUUCAGCAACUCGGGCAGCCUGCUAGGCAUCAAGGGUCUGCCCUCGGCCGUCAAGGACCUGGCUGUGUCUAAGCUGCAGGUGGGUGGGGGUUCGGGCUCAGGGGGCUCCAGUGGCCCGAGCCCCAGUGCAGCAGCAGCAGCAUCAGCAUCUGGUGUGGGCGGCUCUCUGUGCAGCUCCCAUUCUACCCCCUGCUCGCAGCUGGAGCCGGCCGUCAGUAUGAGCAAGAAGAGCAGGCUUGAAGAGCAUCAGCCCGGCAGAGAGGACUGGAACCCGGGUGGUGGUGGUGGUGGUGGUGGACUGGUGAACAAACCCUCCAGAGGAUGGCUACACUCGAGCGAGAAGAUCUCCGGUCCUGGAGUGACAUACGUUGUAAAGUAUCUCGGCUGUAUAGAAGUCCUGCGGUCGAUGAGAUCCCUGGAUUUCACCACGAGAUCACAAAUAACAAGGGAAGCCAUCAGUCUGGUGUGUGAGGCUGUUCCAGGGACCAAAGGAGCCCUGCGGAAGAGAAAGCCUCCAUCCAAAGCUCUGUCAAAUAUUCUGGGGAAGAGUAACCUGCAGUUUGCUGGCAUGUCCAUAAACCUAAAUAUCUCCACCAGUAGCCUCAACCUGAUGACCCCUGAUGGCAAACAGAUCAUAGCCAACCAUCACAUGCAGUCCAUCUCCUUUGCAUCAGGUGGAGACCCUGAAACCACAGAUUUUGUUGCUUAUGUAGCAAAGGACCCUGUUAACAGAAGAGCAUGCCACAUCCUGGAGUGCUCCGACAGUCUGGCCCAGGAUGUUAUCAGCACUAUCGGCCAGGCCUUUGACCUUCGCUUCCAGCAGUACCUGCAGUGUCCCUCAAGCAAACUGUCCUCCACACAUGACAGGGUAUUAAACAUGGAGGAGUUACAUUGGACAGAGGAAGAGGAGGAAGCAUCUGAUCAUCCUUAUUAUAACAACAUCCCUGGGAAGAUGCCACCACCCGGAGGCUUCAUCGACGCACGGCUGACCAAUCAGAAUGCAGCACCAGAUGGAUGCCAGAUGGGCCCAGGUUCAGUAGAUCAGACAUAUUACCAGGGUCGGCACUGUGGAGAAAACUGGGGAGAUGAAAGAAAGCCCAUAUUCAUACAGCAGGGUUCAUUCGAUAUAAGCAGUCUACCUGACAGUAAGGGUCAGACACCAAAAACAGGAGAGAUGCCCACAUAUGUGAACACUCAGCAGAUUGAUGCCCAGGUGCUCGCAGCACUCCAGGCAGAGGCUGAAAAUGUGACAAAGGGCAUGGCAGCUGCAGCCAAAGAGAGCCCGCAGAAGGACCUGUUUGACAUGAAGCCCUUCGAGGAUGCAUUCAGUCAGUCCCACCCGCCGUCCCAGGGACAAGUCCAGUCGCAAGUUUCAAGUCUUCACAAAGCAGCGUCUGUGGACAACUCCAGCCCUCUUUUGGUGCGCUCCCUGGCCUUCCGGGCACAGGAGGAGCUGGAGGGACAGGCGUGGUACCACGGCAAAAUGAGCCGCCGGGACGCUGAAAAACUUCUGAAAGAGGACGGGGACUUCCUGGUUCGUAAGAGCACCACCAACCCAGGGUCUUAUGUUCUGACUGGCAUGCACAAUGGACUCGCAAAACACCUGCUGCUGGUGGACCCAGAGGGCACGGUACGGACAAAAGAUCAUAUAUUUGAUAGCAUUAGCCAUCUCAUUGGCCAUCACCGUGACAACAAUCUGCCCAUUGUGUCCGCUGGGAGUGAACUGUGUCUUCUACAACCCGUCGGAAGAAAACAGUGAUGCUUGUAAUGCCUGAUGGGAAACAGGAAGCGUUGGACAGUCAUUCCUACCAUCCUGAAACUUGAAGAUGAAAAAUGAAGAUAAGAUGCUAAAAGGCUCAAUGCACUGACGGUGAUUUUUGGAGAAAAAAAAAUUAGCCUGUGGUUACUUUACUGGAGGGACUGGAAGAUGCAAGAUUUGUUUAAGAAAAAAAUAUUUAUAGAACUGUUAUUAUUUUGUUGUGAUGACUGAAAUGCUAUAUUUUUGAGAAGACAUAGGUGUAUUUGGACAUAAUAUCUUGAUUUGGUGUUUUAAAAGAUUUAAAAAACGACAAUUGUUCUUGUAGUUUAGAUGAAAGUGCAAAUCACACCUCAAAGAGGUGUUAACAAGAGUAUUUUAGAAUAAAAACCGGAAAUUUUAGUUUUGUCUGUCAAGCACAACCACAUUUCUACAGAAAGCGAUGGUUAAGAAGUCGAGGAAACAAACACACAUGCUGUUUGUAAUGAAUGACUUCAUGAAGAAGGAUCUCACCACUAGGGGGACAGCUCACUCAAUUAGUCUCUAUAUGAAAUCUGCUUUUAUCUGGGAUUAGAUCUGAAUGUGUUUUGCUUUGCAGUAGUCACAAAGUGUCAGGGUGCAAACAGACAUCCUCCAUAGUGCUGUCAAUGGCUUUAAAGAUUUUUUAUGAAGUAUUUUCUCGUGUCACUGCAGUCGCAUGACUUAAAAUCAACUGUUCUUGUGGACAUUGUUCGUAGACCUUGAUACCCCUUUAUUUGAAAGAGGUGCUUGUGUAUGCUGACACUGUAAAAAAAUAUAUAUAUUUAUGCUUUCAACCAGUGAUUAUUACUGAAUCGGUUUCCUCUGGAUUCUUCUUUUAGGUGUGUAGUCGAUGAUUAGUUUUGGGGGCUUGAGUCAUGCAAUGGAUCUUCUCAAAUUCUUCAGCUUUUUUUUUUUGGUUGGACUUUCUAAAAAAAGUUAUCAUUUGAAUUAUCACAAAUGAGCACAAUCAGAGAAUUAGAUCAGUUAGAUCAUGUGUGUCACUCGCACCAAGACAAAUGACAAAUAUGUUGAGAGGUAAUUUACUGCUUAAAUCGGACAAAUGUCUAGUUCACACAGAAUGUUUAAUAUUACACCACCUUCACCUAUCAAUGUCAGAAACAUUUGAUUUCUCACUAUGUGAAUAUCUUACGGCAAUACCGCUCAGUUGUCACUAGAUGUCACCAUAGAAAUGCAUGUUCAGCCCGUCUGUCACGCUCAUUCUUUAGUCUUAUUAGGACAGGAUGCUACUGAGGAAACAUCCCAAUCUACGAAAAGUGAGUUUCCAACCCUUUUUGCUUGACCAGCGUUAGAGUUAAUUUGCAUUUCACUGUCCACUGCACCUAAUCAGAACACUUUGCUGUGUGUAGGUGAGAAACACUUGUGUUUGUAGAGUGGGAACCCACAUUCUGAGACGCCUUCUAGAUAAAGUACACUGACUUUCAAAAUGGUCUCAUGCUUACUAUUGUCAGUACUCUGAUGGAUACCAAAUGAAUAGAUAUGCACUGAACCACUUCAGUUGAACCAGAAUCAGCAGGAGUUCAAUGAGUUUGACGAGACACAUGCAAUGUAAUAUAACAUGCCUGUAUUUUGCUGCAAGAGGGAGUGUACAGUACAUGCAUCUCAACAACACAUAUUUGAGCAAAGAGCAGUAUAGGGAUCUUUAGAGAGAUAAUCCACUGGAAGAUUUGUCUUUGGUUUAGUCUUCACUUGAUUCCUUGAGUUCCUUUGAGCAGAAUGCAGGAGAGGAGGUGCCGUAGAUAUUGGCACUGUUGAUAGAAAGGAGAGAAAAGUGCACAAGGAAUAAUUUAUAGGUUACCCCGCCAUAAAACUUUUACUUUGUCCAAUUCUUUUUGACAUAAUUUCAUGUAAUCUAAUAUCCUGGAAGAGGGAAUAAUGUGCUUAAAUUUUAAAGAGGCACUAUGCUCACGUCAAGAACUCUUUUAGAACGAAGUCUUUAUUUCUGGGGAGCAGAUUUGAAAUAAUGAAAUGUGCAAAAUUCUGAACAACUCAAACAGAAAAAGAACAAAACGCUAGAAUCUCUCUAAAGUCUGAAGACAUGACGAUUAGCUGCUCGGCAUAAAGAAAUCAGACAACCAAACGUGCUGGGACACAGAAAGAACACGUCUUCUUUCCAGAUUUCUGUUGAUGAAAAUGUGCCUUUUAUUUGUAUAAAUGGUAUUUUUGUUCCUCUUUCUCUCUCUCUUCAAAGUGCAAUAGCUGAUCUUCAAUGGGGCAUGCCUGUUCACUAGAGGUCGUGUUUCGCCCUGCUGCGUGUUGCUGCUUGAGACUACUGUUUUCUCUCUCUCUCUCUCUGUCUCCCUCCCUCCCUCCCUCCCUCUCUAUUAUAUAUUAUAAAUGUAUCAUUUCCAGGUUCUUGAUAUAAAUCUUUGUUGGAGGGAAUCUCACAGAAAACUCACUAUUUUGGAAAAGGUAUAGAAAAAGAAAAAGGAAAUAAAAAACAAGAAAUGA